GCCACGUUUAGACGGUUUUAGGACUGCAAAGCCGCUACUCGUGCCUCCAUCGAGCUCCGUAGUGCUCUGGUUUCAGUGGAAAUUUCAGCUGAAAAAGGAUUUCAUCAUCCGCAGAGAAAGUGUAAACUAGCAUCACCAUGGUUCUGGAUUUGGAUUUGUUCCGCAGCGAUAAGGGCCACGACCCAGCAAAAGUCAAAGCUAACCAGGAAUUACGCUUCAAGGAUGUUGGUUUGGUUGAGACGGUCAUCGAGCAGGAUGGCGAGUGGCGUAAGUGUCGUUUCAAUGCGGACAAUUUCAACAAACUCAAGAAUCUCUGCAGCAAGGAAAUCGGCGAAAAGAUGAAGAAAAAAGAACCACAAGGUGCAGAAGAUGAAGCUGUACCGAAAGAAGUGGCCGACGAUUUGCUAGCAUUGAAGAGUGAGGAUCUGAAAAAGUUGACCGUCAAUCAGAUCAAAAAAGUUCGUGGAUUGAUAGACGAUGCCGUAGUGGAGAACGAGAAAAAGUUGAAUGAGGCAGAAAGUAGGAGGAAUACGGCCCUUCGUGAGGUUGGCAAUCAUCUGCACGAAAGUGUCCCGGUGAGCAACGAUGAGGACGAAAACAAAGUCGAAUGUACAUUCGGAGACUGUGAAGCUCGUCGAAAAUACUCUCACGUUGACCUAAUUGUUAUGAUCGACGGUAUGAACGGGGAAAAGGGUGCUAUCGUUUCCGGUGGUCGCGGAUAUUUCUUGACAGGACCUGCGGUGUUUUUGGAACAAGCUUUGAUCCAGCACUCUCUUCACUUGUUGUACGGAAAAGGAUACACCCCUUUGUAUACUCCAUUCUUCAUGCGCAAAGAGGUGAUGCAAGAAGUAGCUCAGCUGUCCCAAUUCGAUGAGGAACUUUACAAGGUCGUGGGAAAAGGUAGCGAAAAGGCUGAAGAAGGAAGCGCUGAUGAGAAAUAUUUGAUUGCCACUUCUGAGCAACCGAUAGCAGCCUACCACCGUGAUGAGUGGAUUCCGGAGGCCUCUCUUCCUAUCAAAUACGCCGGAUUGUCCACUUGCUUCCGGCAAGAAGUUGGAUCUCAUGGGCGAGACACUCGAGGCAUCUUCCGAGUGCAUCAGUUUGAAAAAGUGGAACAAUUCGUGCUCACCUCUCCCCACGACAAUAAAUCCUGGGAAAUGAUGGACGAAAUGAUCGGUAACGCCGAGCAGUUUUGUCAAUCUUUGGGUAUUCCUUACCGCGUCGUUAACAUCGUUUCCGGUGCGCUGAACCACGCCGCAUCGAAAAAACUUGAUCUUGAAGCUUGGUUUGCCGGUUCCGGUGCAUUCAGGGAGCUGGUCUCCUGCAGCAACUGUUUGGAUUACCAGGCUCGCAGACUGUUGGUUCGCUACGGCCAAACGAAAAAAAUGAACGCCGCUGUCGAUUACGUCCACAUGCUGAAUGCUACCAUGUGUGCCACCACCCGCGUUAUUUGCGCUAUACUCGAAACGCAUCAAACAGAAACCGGUGUUAAGGUACCUGAACCUUUGAAAAAAUACAUGCCAGAGAUGUACCAGGACGAGAUUCCUUUCGUCAAACCAGCGCCUAUUGAGGUGGAAGCAGCGGCUGCGGCCGCCAAGAAAGACAAGAAAGGAGGUAAAAAGGAAACGGCAGCUGCUUAGAGUUAGAUGCCCUCAUCAACGUCAAACUGCGUGGUUCUAGAUUUUUCUAUUGAUCAUAGCAUCAAGCAUUUACUGUCGGCUUAGAUAAUCGAAAACCGGUAAUUUAUUGUAGACUGUUUAUCAUUUUAUACAUGCUGAAGCCAGUAAUUGAUGAACGACCUCGUUCAUAAGUAAAUUCGUCUAUAAGAAUUUCCUUGGACAUAAUUUCACGGAAAAUUUAAUCAAAUUAGAUAUCAAUUCGAUUUCGAAAUUUAAGGCAUGAUUUUCAAUUCAGCUUCAAAGAAACCAUUACCAUCUCAACUCCAUCUAGUAAAAAAAAAACAAAGUGCUAAAUUGUUAUAACUCUUUUUCAAAAUAAACACCUCAGCUAAAAGAUCAAAAAGGCUUAUGCAAGCUUGAUAACUUAUUGCAUUCGAAGCGAACAUACAUAA